AUGGAGAAAGAAGUUGGAGAGUUCAUAGCAGAAACAUUAUUUGGUCAAGGAGCAAGUGCUGGGGAUUCCAAGAGUGAAGAAGGGGAAGACAGUGACAAGAAAGAGAAGAAAAGCAAGAAGAAGGCGAAGAAAAGUGGGAGAGGUGGGAAAGUUGAUGGGGCACCAGCAGGAACUACUGAUGAUGAGGAAGCAUUUGAGGACGAUGAUGGUUUCAUGUUCAAUACACGUCAGUCUCGCUCUGUGACAGACCCCAACGCUCUGUACAUGUCAGUGAGGCACCAACGAGGCGGCCAUGCUGGUACUCCUGUGCGCCAGCAACGAAAAGAUCCAAGAGACCAGCAACCAUACACUGGUGGAAGACGCGCCAUCUACCGGAACAAUACGCCUCUCAUUGACGACUACACAGACGACCAAGACGACCAGGAUGUGGAUCCGGAACCGGAUGCAGAUUACGGAACCGGAGGAUUCACGACUCCUUUUGUCGGCCGAGACGAUGAUGGCUAUGAAGACAGUGCUGCUAGUGUUGAUGCCUAUGCGUCCACAACAGCCGGAAUCGCUAUGCAUGGACAUGUUCGGUCUCAACGGAGUUCCAGCAGCAGCGCUGGAGGCCGCCAUCAUAGAUAG